AAGAGCUGUCCAGUACUCCAGCAAUUGUCCAAGGAUAUUUUUCGGUGGUCAUUUGGGAUAUUUUGUGGUCUUGUUAUUCAGUUUUCGACGAUAAAAUUCGGGUGUAUGGAAGUGUGAGAUCGGUUGGAGGUUUUCGUCGAUUUAUCGGGGCGAUAUGGAGGUGAUACAUCGACCGGUACGCGUCGUCGUCGUGGGACAGAGUGCUUGGACAUGCAUUCGUGGAUUUAUUUUCUUAUUCUCACUGCUGAAUCUAGUCUCCUGCCAACUGGAUCUCCCUCCCCUCGGGAAUGAUCGUUUUAAUGAUAAUUACAAUAGGAAUCAACAGGAUUACGACAGAAACCAACAGGAUUUCAAUAGGAAUCCACAGGAUUAUGAUAGGAAUCAACAGAAUUUCAACAGAAAUCCACAGGAUUACGAUAGAAACCAAGGAGAUUUCGGUAGGAGACCUAUCGACGCUGACUGGAGACAAAUUCUAGCUAAACUGGACUUUCAGGGAGCUGAGAGAUGCAGCGCUAAUGUCGCUGCCCAGUGGGCAUACGAGACCAAUGUCAACGAGUACACGCAACUCCAAGCGUUGGAGUCGCAGAGACAGUACGCAGAGUUCCAGAAUCAUGCGUGGCAUCUGCUGUCUAAGUUGGACGCAUCGAGCCAGCGGGACCCCUUCCUCAGGAGACGCCUGAGGUACCUGUCGGUGGUGGGUCCGGCAGCCCUUCCUCCUGAUCAGUUGGACAGAUACAAUCGGGUCAUUAACGACAUGCUGGCGAUUUAUAACUCAGCUACGAUAUGCGCUUAUAAUGAUCCGUUCAAGUGUGGACUCAGACUGUAUCCAGAAAUCUCGAAAAUAAUGGCGAAGAGCAGGGACUGGGACGAGCUGCAGUGGGUGUGGAUGGAGUGGAGGAGGCGAAGUGGAAGACCAAUGCGUGAUUUAUACCAACAGCUGGUUAAAUUGAAUAACGACGCAGCCAGGUUCAAUAAUUUCACUGACGCCGCUGAGUACUGGAUGUUCCCGUACGAGACGAUAAACUUUCAGGCGGAAGUUGAUGAAGUGUGGAAUAGUAUAAGACCGCUCUAUGAGGAGCUUCAUGCAUACAUUAGGAAGAGGCUGAGGGAUUUGUAUGGGCCGGAGAAGAUUGGGAGACAUACCCCACUUCCUGCGCAUAUCCUUGGAAACGUUUGGGGUCAAUCGUGGACAAACCUCCUCGACAUAACCACUCCCUACCCCGGCAAAUAUUACAUGGACGUUUCCGAGGAGAUGUUGGCGCAGGGCUAUACACCCAUAGACAUGUUCCGGGUUGCCGAAGAAUUUUACCUCUCACUCAAUCUUAGCGCAUUGCCACCAGAGUUCUGGGCCGGAAGUAUUAUCGCUGAUCCAGGGGAUCGACCAUUAAUCUGUCAGGCUUCCGCAUGGGAUUUCUGUAACCGGAUUGAUUACAGAAUAAAAAUGUGCACGAAGGUAACAAUGAAGGACUUAAUAACAGUUCACCACGAAAUGGCGCACAUUCAGUACUUCCUCAGAUACAGCCACUUGCCCCGUGAAUUCCGAGACGGUGCAAAUCCAGGUUUUCACGAGGCUGUUGGAGAAGCCGUUGCCCUCAGUGUGGGCACACCCAAGCAUUUACAGACCCUGGGGUUAGCUAUUAAAUACAUAGACGAGCCAGAGCCAGAUAUCAAUUAUCUGUUCUCCUUGGCAAUGGAGAAAUUACCACUACUGCCGUUCAGCAUAGCUGUGGACAGAUGGAGGUGGGAUGUCUUCAGGGGAACCGUCAGUCGAGAGGAGUACAAUUGUCACUGGCACAGACUAAUGGAGCUUUACGCUGGGGUUAAACCCCCAGUUCUACGGACAGAAGAUGAUUUCGAUCCUGGAGCGAAGUACCACGUUCCCGCCAAUGUCCCCUACAUUCGUAAUUUCGUCGCCGGCGUUCUUCAGUUCCAACUGUAUCGAGGUCUCUGUCAAGCUGGACAACGAUUUGUCAACGAUCCCCGCAGGCCCCUGCACAAGUGCGACUUCUACAGGAGUCCCGAGGCUGGUGCUGUACUCAGAAGAUUGAUGGAGAAAGGAUCCUCGCGACCGUGGCAGGAUAUACUCCAGGAGUCUACCGGUGAGGUCCGACUGGACGGAAAUGCGGUGCGCGAGUAUUUCAGGCCCCUCGAGGAAUGGCUGAGAACGGAAAACCUGAGAUCCGGUGAAAUAGUCGGCUGGUCAUACGACGGUGACUACUGCAAGCGAAGCAUUGAGACGGCCGGACUCCAGGUGUAUGGAAGUGGUUUCUACUACAAUUCAGCCAACUCCUGGGGCACAUCGGGCCUCACUGCCAUUUUCCCCCUCGUCUCGAUUGUAUUUCUAUUCUGAAACUCGCGUGUCGUGUUUUGAAAGAAACGAGAAAAAUUAGGCACUCAUUCUUUUCGAUGGUUUCUAUUCACCCUGUCCUCGAUAGCUGUCAUUAAUUCAUGGUCGAGUGAUACUACCCAUACGAAAUAAAAUUCCAUUUAAGGAAUUGAACGAUUAAUGGGACGUGGGCACGUGCCGCUGUCCCGCUGAUCCUGUGUCGUGUUAAUGCCUUUGAUAUCUCCAGUUUCUUUUUUCGAAAAACAUCUUUUUCAAACUUUCCCGAAACCUCAUAUCCGCGAGUGUCUCGACAAAGCAAAGUAUGUAGCGAUACGCAACGUUUCACAUAAAAAACUGGCUCGUCCAGGAGGAGUUACGCAAUUGAGGAAGACCGGUAACGUCCUCACUGGGACUCUCGGUUCACUUUUAUUUUUUUUUUACGGAACACUUUCCGCGAAACCUCACGACGCGAAACAAUGAAGAGGCUAUAUCCCCCGAGAGUCCGUCUCUCUUUGGAUUUUUUACAUUUUUUUCAGCUUUCUCCGUUUAAUGUUCUCCAUUUAAGUCGUGAAAAUUUAACGGGGAAAUGUGUUAAUGGGAGAAAGGUGGUCGAAGCUUUUUGGAAAAUUGGCGAGGGGCGAAGUGGCGAGGGGGAUGAGUCAGGAAAUUGGAUGUGGAUUGUUUUCGCGUGUCUUUGGGCGAAGAGGGUUUAGAGGAGAAUGUUGGGGAGAUUUUUCGCAGGAGCUGGAAGCCUUUGGAAAAGGGGAUUUGAGUGAAUCUGUCUGGAGGUGUUCAUGUGGUAGAUAUUUGGAAUGUGAAAUUGAUUUUCAGGCAAUUUUUUUGAGAGUUGAAAAAUUGCCCGCGUACUCGUUGACAGAUAAAUGACGGGGAAGUAUUGUGUGGAGCUUGAACAACCUUACGAGUUACACUUUUUAAUUAAUUUAAUUGAACUUUUAUAUUUUGAAAAUAUUAGCAAAAUAAAUUGGAGAAAGUGAAUUCUAUUUUUAAAAAUAAAGAUCCCGUUUGCAGAUCAUAUAAUUCCCGACGAAGAGUGUCUUCCCAUCAAUUUAUCUUCACUUCGAAAGCAUUUGCAAAAUAAAUUGGAAAUAAUCAGUUGAAUUUUCACUCAAAUUGAAAAAUUUCAGUCGAAUUAUUUUUCAAAGGUCUUAAAAACGAAUGAGUUUAAGGAAAAAAUAAAGACCUCUUUUGUAGCUUCCAAUCAAUUUGUCUUCACGUCAAAAAGAUUUUGAAAAUACAUAGCUUCAGAUAAAUAAAAUGAUCUCUAUGAGAAAGGAGUCUUGCUUUUAUUUCUCUAAACCUAUUCAUUUCCAAGAUAUAAUGGACCUAUUUCUCUUCAUCACGUCAUCACCUAUUUGAUGGUGCACUCACCACAGCUAUAAUCACUCCCACAUUAGGAACAUAAAAAAACUCCCGUUUCGUGAGUUUAAUUAAUUUUCAAGAACAUUUGAACGUUCAACACCCAGUGGUAUUCCUUUAACAUAUCAAUUUUUUACGAAAUUUAUAUUUUCUAAUUCACAAGAAGUAGUAAUUCAAUUACUUUUAUUACCCUGAAAUUAUCCCACGUAGACCGUUGAUAAUUAAUGUGUAAAUUGAAAUGUUCAGCGGCGUAUCAGACCCAGCUCCUCUCUAAAUUGCAGUUUUAAAAGUUUCAUAACGUUUUACACGAAAUCAUUAUGUCACUAGAGUACUACCAACUGUCUCUUACGAUCACACACAAAUGGAUCUGUAACAUGUAAUUUUGCGGAUGAGAGGAGAGGCAUUGUAAUCGUAUAUUAAAGAAAUUUGAAUUGUA